ACUGACAUUGGAGCACAGUCAAUCAACUUUACCUACAUGGCCACGCUCAUGGCCAUCGUUGGCGUGGGUGUCUUCGCCAGUUCCAUCACCGCCUACUUCAACGCGAGCGACAAGACCGUCUGGGUCGCGACCAUCUUGAGCAUUGCCCAGAUCGCUCUGGGACCACCCCUAGCCCAAGCAGCCGACUUCUGGGGCCGCAAGUGGUUUCUGGUCGUUUGUUCGGCCUGUAGAUUCAUAGGUGCCGUGGUCAUCUCGAGAGCGAAGAAUAUCGGCGUGUUACUGGUGGGGUUCGCGAUCUUAAGCAUCAGCUACUCAACCCAGGCUCUCUUGACCGCCGUGGCAUCGGAGAACAUCACCCGCCAGAUGCAGCCCCUCGCGCAAGAGUCGCUUAUCUUCGCCGGCUGCUCCGGCGGCGCUAUCGGCCUGCUGAUGGGUGGAAAGCUGCUUCAGCAUGGCAACUUGCCCAAUUACCGGAUCUACUUCUACGUCCUGGCCGCGGUAUACGGCGUCGCCACCCUAGGCUGUCUACUCUGCUACAAUCCUCCACGGCGAGAGCUUCAGCUGCUCCCGCUCAAAGACAAGCUCCGGGGCCUAGAUUGUGUCGGUUACGUACUGUUCAGUCCGUCGCUGGCACUAUUCUGCAUCGCCCUCGCCUGGGCUGAGAAUCCAUGGCCGUGGAGUAACUACUGGGUCCAUACGCCGCUCAUCAUCUGCUUCGUGGCCAUGGGACUGUUUAUGCUGUAUGAGUGGAAAGGCAGGAAAGAUGGCAUCUUCCACCACGGCAUCGUGCGGAACCGCAACUUCGCGCUCUCCGCAAUCGGUAUCUGGGUGGAAGGAUUCACCUUCUUCACCAUCAACGUCUACUUGGGCUAUGAGUUCCGUCUGUUCACUGGUGCGGACACACUGGUCUCCAACAUUCCCACCGUCAUCACCUUCGUCGGCUGUCUCUCCUUCAGCUUGUUGUUUGGGGCGUAUUCCAGCAAGAUGAAGUCCCUCCGGGCGCCCAUCUUCAUGGCCUUCGUCUUGCUCCUGAUCUUCAACAUCCUGAUGAUCGCCGUCACGGCUAGAACCUCCCGUAGCGCCAUUAUGGGAUACUCCCUACGGCAUCGUCGUCCCGCUCCUCGUGGUGGCGCUCCAAUUCAGCCCCCCGGCGGAGCUUGUCUCCCUGGCAUCCGGUCUCUUCAUCGUCGUCCGUGCCGUGGGUAAUGCUUGCGCCGUCGGAGUCAACACCGCCAUCUUGUCCGGCGUUUUGUCAACAAACUUGGUGCCAAAGGUCGCCGCCGCGGUGGUGCCUCUAGGUUUCCCCGAGCCUUCAUUGGCGAACUUGAUUGGAGCGCUGUCUGGUACGAACGGGAUGCUCCCGUCCGACGUGCCUGGUGCCAAUCCCGAGAUCGUCAGCGCUGCAAUGAAGGCAUUUAUGGAAGCGUGCAGGAUCGGUUUCAGAAACAUUUGGAUUGCCGGAACCGCUCUGACCGCGGUGGCCUGUUUU